CCUUCCGUAUGAUGCUGGGAACUAGGCUCUACACUGUACUGCUGCUAAUGCACUUCUACUUGUAUAUCUCGGUGCUUUCGCUUUCCUUGCGCCGAGAUUUCGCUUAACAAAUAAAACUCCGCAAUCAUCCAACACCACUCACCAUACCAGUAUACUAUGCCUAUCAAGACCUGGCUCACUGAAACACUCGGCAUUCGCGUCCCCAUCGUGCAAGGCGGCAUGCAAUGGGUCGGUGUUGCCGAACUCGCGUCUGCAGUCUCCAACGCAGGUGGACUCGGUAUCCUCACUGCCCUUACUCAGCCUAGCCCUGAUGCUCUGCGCAAGGAAAUCCAACGAUGCAAGCAAAUGACAAGCAAGCCAUUCGGUGUCAACAUCACCUUGUUGCCAUCAAUGACCUUGAAGCCUGGAGAUUACGCAUUGUAUGCACAGGCCAUCAUUGAUGAAGGCGUCAAAGUCGUCGAAACUGCCGGAAACAAUCCCGGACCGGUCAUCAAACAACUGAAAGAAGCAGGCGUCACCGUCAUUCACAAGUGUACUUCCAUUCGACAUGCACUGAGUGCACAAAAGCUUGGUGUGGAUUGUCUCUCGAUUGAUGGAUUCGAGGCAGCAGGUCAUGUUGGAGAAGCCGAUGUCGGUACCCUCAUCCUCCUUGCCAAAGCCAAGAAAGUCUUGACCAUUCCGUUCAUUGCAUCGGGAGGUAUGGCAGAUGGUCGAAGUGUCGCCGCUGCACUUGCACUCGGUGCUGUUGGUGCGAAUAUGGGCACCCGAUUCAUGUGUACCGCGGAAUCACCCAUUCACCAUGACAUCAAACUACAAAUUGUCAAGGGCACAGAGAAUGAUACAGCACUCAUGUUGCGAUCCUUCAAGAACACGGCGCGUAUCUACAAAAACAAGAUUGCCGAUCAAGUCACUGCUAUUGAGAAGCGUGGUGGCGCAGAGUUCAAGGAUGUCGCUGCUCUCGUUUCUGGUGCACGCGGCAAGACUGUGUAUGAAGCAGGUGAUUCGGAGGCCGGUGUGUGGUCAUCUGGGCAAUCGAUGGCGUUGAUUGAUGAUGUGCCAACGUGUGAGGCUAUGCUUGCAAAGAUUGAAGGUGAGGUUGAGCAGAUUAUUGGUGGCCUCGGCAGUCUCGUUGUUCCAGCUGCCUCAGCACGCUUGUAGAUUGGUGUAGACAAGAGUCAAU